AUGCUCAGUCGAACCUCAAUCCACCUUCUCGUCGUCUUGAGCAUCGCCUCAGCUUCGCGAAUUCGACGAAGCAUGCCACUGGAAAAGAAAACCGUGGUGCCGCCGUCACCAGACUAUUUCGAGACGAAGGUACGAUUUAUAUGGACCCUUGGCUGUCCUUAAAUGACCGCCACUAAUGAGGCUGUGCGGUAAAGCGUUCAUUAAUUCUCGAGCAGAUAGCCGACGGAGCGACCUUCUGGAUUAGGCAACAUCAAAGGCAAUGUACGGGCUUCUUUAUUGGAUGCAUUCAAGAUUAGAUUUCUGUGGAUUACUGACAUUCGCCAUGUUAAUUUCGAAACAAACAAUGGCUUUUGUAAUUUUUCAGGAUCUUGAAAGCCUAGAAAGGUAUUCUGUGAAUCGACUAGAAAACUUCUUUUUGCGACAAAAUUUGCAACAUGAAGAAAAAACUUGAUAUUGACCUAAAUGCGGACCUUAAAAUUUUUACCACAAGAAAAUGCACUUCGAAGCAUUCUUUUUCUGAGAAUAAAUGUUUGGCAUUAAGUGCCCUCGGAAAAUUUGUUUCGUACAUAGAAGUGGCUAAGCUUCAGACUGCAAUUUGCGACAAAAGCGACUCCACCUAAUCAAACAAUUAUCUUUGCGUUUGAAAAUUAUUUAUCAGAAAGGAGUCAUGUGAGGGUCAGAAGGUCUCCAAUUUCAUCAGUUUUGAUAUCAUUUCCCGAAAAAACUUUUCAAAACAUCACCUGCUUGUCAUUAACCAGAUAAUUCAGGUAAACGAAGUGGCUGGUUUGAGCUGUGACGUGUGUUUGAAAGCUGUUUAUGGACUCAAUUACAACGUCAUUCGUCUGAAGGUUCAAUUCUAGUUUUUCAGUGGGUAAUCUAAUUUGUUUCAAUUAAGAAAGGCGUCAUCGACAUGAUCCAAAUGGAUUGCGAGGCUCUUUUCCACGGUCAAGCAGAAGAUAUCGCUCAGUGCAUUCGAGUGAUGGCUGAUAAGGUCGAGAAGUACUACAAUAAGGUGACUUUGUAGAUUCCUAAAUGAGGUUGAAAUAGAAUUUACUAUUCAACCUGAAUGAUCUGGUAACUCGAAAACAUAAAAAAAUAUUUUUUCCAGGUGGAAUCUUUCAUCGACACCCGCCAUCUGUGCGUACAAAUCCGAAUGUGUGAAGCCUCGGAACUCCUCUAA